UCAAAACAUGAUGGUGGACUUGAGAAUUUUGUGUCAAUCACAUUAAAAUAAAGCAAAAUUACACUAAUUUAAGGAAAUAUUUUACUAAUAUUCUCAAUUUAGUUCACAAGCAAGCAUGUCUGAGAAAGAUGGCGAGUCACCCCAGCCCCAGACAGAGGAGCAAGAAUCAGAGACCGUACAACCAGUACAAGAGGCCACUAAUGGAGAGGGUGAAGGUGCUGGGGAACAGGAAGCUGAUGGUGUAGCUGAGGAGCAGCCAGCUGAGACUACUGAGGAAGCAGUGAAUGGUGGAGAGGAACUUGAAGCUAGUGGUGAAGCUGAGGAACAGCCAGCUGAGACUACUGAGGAAGCAGUGAAUGGUGGACAAGAACAGGAAGCUAGUGGUGAAGCUGGGGAACAGCCAACAGAGACUACUGAUGAAGCAGCGAUUGUUGAGGAAGAACAGGAAGCUGCUGGUGAAGCUGAGAGGCAGCCAGCUGAGACUACUGAGGAUGCAGUGAAUGCUGAACAAGAGGACACUGCCAAAGAAACAGAAGCUGCAGCUGAAACUCAAGAAGUUACAGAAGGAGAACAAGAAGCAGUUGAAGAAACUGGGGAAACCCAAGAGGCUGCCGAGGCAACUGAAGAAGCUGGUGAAGCUUCUGAGGCUGUUGAAGGAGAACAAGAGACCCAAGAGGCUGCUGGGGAAACUGAGGAAGUUACAGAGGCUCAAGAGGCAGGUGCAGGUGGACAGGAGGCUGCCGAGGCAACCGAAGAAGCUGGUGAAGCUCCUGAGGCUGUUGAAGGAGAACAAGAGACCCAAGAGGUUGCUGGGGAAACUGAGGAAGUUACAGAGGCAGGUGCAGGUGGGCAGGAGGUUGCAGAAACACAAGAAGUAAAUGAAGCAGAACAGGAGGCCCAAACAGAAGAAGCCACAGGGGACGAGCAGGCUGCAGCCGAAACUGAAGCUCCUGCUGAAGGAGGUGAGGAACCAACCCAAGAAACUCAGGAUGCUGAACAAGAGGGGUCAGUCAAAGCAGAAGAAGAAACUGUGGCUGUUGAAGGACAAGAAGUGAAAGAGGUUUCUGAGAAAGGUGAAGAAGCAGCUGUUGAGGUGGCAGCUGAAGGUGAAGGUGAAGCACAGGCAGAGGAAGGAAAAGUGACUGCGGAAGUAGAACAACCAGCAGAUGGUGAAGAUGCUGGAGAGCAGGCUGUGGCUGGACAGGAUGAUACAGCUGAAGAAGUGAAGGAGGAACAAGCAGGAGGUGAAGAAGCCAAAGAUGAACAGGGAGAAGUGAAAGACGAAGUCCAAGCUGAGGAAGCCCCAAAAGAAGAUGGGGCUGCAGAGACUGUUGAAGUCCCCACGGAGGAUGGAGCUGCUGAAGCCGAAACAAAGCCAGAUCCUGAACAAGAGGCUGCUGCUCCAGCUGAGCCUGCUGAAGCUGAGAAGGCUGCUACUCCUAUUCCUGCAACAGAAGAUGUUGGAUCUGCUACUGAACCAACUAAAGAAGUACCAGAGGUUGAUCCACAUGCUGCAUCACCAAGGGAUACAGGUGCCGCAUCUCCAGGAUCAAAAGUUAAUUUGGAUGCUACUGCCACGGUGAAAUUUGUGUUGAUGCCAAGUGGUCAAGUUGCUACCCUUGCAUGUACCUUGGGGCAGACACUUCGUGAGCUUAAGGAUCACUUUGCUACAGAACUCAAGAUGUCCUCCAGUGUUCUCUUGCUGAUAUUUGAAGGCCGUAACAUUUCAAACACUAUGCGGUUGGCAGACUUAGGAGUUGGUCCUAAUGGAACAAUCCAACUUGAGCUAUCAUCAGUGGAUCCAGUCAAUUCCCCACUGAAACAGUACAGACCGAGACAGGAGUAUCACAUGCCCGAUGUAAUCUCUGUUAAAGUACAAGGAGAUGAUGGUGAAUACAAAGAUGUGGUGGUUGAAAUUGAACGAUCAGUUCGAAAGAAGCCCUACCUCGGUGGUUAUCGCCAUAAGAAAACUUCAGUAGAAUUCCACCAUGCUUCUGCCCAGACCAUGGCUAAGCCACGCCCUUCAAAUAACCUGGAGAGAAAUUGCCGUGACACACAGACAGUCCAGCAACGGCACCGUGUGCAGCAGACGAAAAGUGACACAUCAACCCAGAUGACGAAAAUUGGCGUUUAUGUCUCGAACAUGGAGGAUAAACUGGUCAUCCCGGGGAAAUAUAUCACUGCGGAUCAGCGUCGAGCUGAAAAGCUUGCAAAUAUCAUCACGAUUCAGAAAUAUUAUCGGCGAUGGUUAGCGAUACGAUCGGUUGAGAAGAUCCGCGAGGAUCGUGAUAAGAGGCUGGAGUGGGAGAAGGAGGAGGAGAUGAGGAAGAAAAAAGAAAAAGAGGAUAGGAUCAAACGAGAAUUUGAACGGAGAAUGAAUCCUAAGGCCAAGGAAGACUUUGAUUUACUUUAUCAUGCUCUUGAAAAGUGGCGUCAAGAAGAACUGGACCACAUCAAUUCAACCCUUAGUGGUGCUGAGCGUAAGGCUGCCCUGUGCCAGCUCUUAGAACAAGAAACACAGCUUAUUUCAUCUAUUGGGCGGCACAAACUCGAAGCCGAUAACGAAAAUAAACAGAAGAGGAUACAAUCUUUCCUUGAUAAGGCUGCAGCCCCAAAGAGAUGGCGAGGCCACGAUGGUAAAAUGACUGAAAUGGACACACCAUAUACCAUCAGAGCCCAAGAAUUACGUGAUAUCUAUGCCACGACAAGCAUGAGGUACCUGACACAGGAUGAAAGGUUGGAUGUUCUGCUGACCUUGAAACAUACAGUCAAGGAACAUGAUUGUAAACUAACCCAGGAGAUUAUAGAGUUGAUUGACCGUGAGGCUGACCUCCUAAUGCGUGGGGUCAAGGAGACAAACCUCGAGGGGCUGAGGAAGAGAAUAUCAACGCUGUUCUUACAGUACAUAAAGACUCCAAUGUUCAACCCAGAAGUCACGAGUCUGCUCAAGGUUCCUCAAGACCCUGCAGUUCUGCGUAAGAACAUCUACUUCUGUCAAAGUUGUAACCAGUACCUUCCGUCCACUGACUUCCAACUUUCCUCAAACGCCCGAACCGUUGGCAAAUGCGCCAAAUGCAACAAGAAAGACAAUGAUGCAAGAGUGCGCCAGGAUUACAGUCAUUAUCGCUUCAUGCUCAAGGCGCUUCGCAAGUCGGAAGAAGGCUAUGACGAUGACUCAAAAAUUGCAUUCCUGUUACAGGAGGGUGACUUACGUUAUCUUGUUGAGAAUGUUUGGAGUAGCCAGAGUGUGCUCAGCGCCUGGGAUGACCUCUAUGACCUUGUACUUGUACGCUGGGACAGGAACGAGGAGUGGUCACCAUGGAACUGCAUCCUGUUGACAAAGGAGGAGGCGUCUGCUCAUACCAAAUUGGAGAAUCUGGAAGAGGGUUAUGGUAAAGUCUUCAUCCACAAGGUGGAUCAUAAACACACACUCGCAAAGAACUACUUCGCACGUGUACCAGGAAUGGCUCAGUUGAUGAAGACCAAGGAGCCCAAGAACCCUAACAGCCGAAUGCCAACAAUAUCGGGCAAAAAAUUAUCCGUCCAAGCGUCUGCUUGAGUUAAUACAAAGACAACAACAGUGGACAGUUUAGUUAGUAAUAAAUUUUCAACAAUUUUUAAGUGAGUGCCAACAAUGUUUGGUUUUCAUGAGAAAACUGCAUGGCAACUGUUGAAACUACAAUCAUUCAUUUUGUUGUUGAAGAUGUGUACUUUGAGGAUCUGAUUGUUCAGUUGGUGAGUACGUUUUAUGGCAAUGACUGCCCUGAAAAGUGUCCAUGUUUUUCAUAUGCAGUUGCAUUGGCGUUGGAAGGAUUCUCAGGAGACGAAUACACUUUCGGGGGCCAAGAAAGUUACCUGUAGCUGUACAUGUUCUUCAGGUAGUUUUCGACAAGCUUUAAAUUGACCAAUAUUUUGGUAAGAAUGUUUUUUUUAAAGAUUCCCAUCAUAUUCAAAGUGAUAAAACUUACGGCACUAUGUUCAAACAUAAGCCUUGCAAGGUAUUAAAUUAUCUGUGAUUGUUAGAGAUUAUUAUGUGUAUAGUAAAGUCUAUUUUAUCCAGCAAUGAAGAUGUUUUCCGUCCAGUGUCUAGCUUGUGGUUUGUCCCAAUGUCCAAAUAUUAUUAGUCAGUAAUGUUUCUGUGAUAUAUUUCACUUUGUCCAAUUUGGUCUGCAGCACUUAGUUGAAUCAACUAUUGCUUACAUUCUGACACAAAUACAUAUAUUUGUUUCCAUCCAAUAAGCUACAAGACUUAGGCAAGUGGUAAGUGCAUGUAACAGUGGUCAAGUUGUCAGUAUGAGUAAUAAUGUAGCACAUCGGAAUUCCCUGUAUGUAUUGGUGGUCAAGAUGCCAGUUCACUGGAGCAGCAAAAUUGUUGGUAUUUUCAAAUUUGCCAGACGAAGAAGUUGAUUGAUAUUCGCAAUGUUCGUCUGAGUAAAGGAACUGUGGACUAUCUAAAACACCCUUUGUCAUGAUUAAGGACAAAUUCAAUUUUUUAUGCUGCAGUUUAUUCAGUUAUAGCCGUCCAUUAUAGUUUUAUUCUCUCAGUCUAAUCAUGUGAGGUGAUGAUAUCAAUUUUUAUAGUGUUGUAUAAUUAUUGUAAAAAGAUUCUGUAAAGUUUUUAUCACUGUAUAUAACAAUAAAAUGUGUU